UAUGCGCGACGAAAUCUCCUAGCACAUAUCUAUGGCGUAGUUGUGUUGCAGGCAUAUUCUUGUGUUAGGUACAUGAAGAAAUUGGGAGAAAGGAAAUCUAUUAGUCAGAGCAUGUAGCUGAUGGCGUCUUAAUCCAUAACACACAAAAUUAUAGUAUGUUUUAGUCAACAAACACACCUCGGUGACUUUAAAGAGCGCUUUAAUACACGUGUGUCUCAGUUGCAUUAGUGAAUGCGACUGGCGUGGUUACAGUCGCGCGCUGCUGUUUAGUAGGAUACGCGUUACCGAAACACUCUCGACAUUUGAGUAUACUAAGUGAAUGCUAUGUGAGAACGCACCAUACAAAAUGUUUUUCAUCCUGUACCUGAGAUCAUCUGCCCAGGGUAUUUAAAUUGGAAGCGUUACAGGUUUAUCUUCAGGUUGUGAAACAGCUUCUCUUUAAAUUGUUUACUUGGACGGUAAACCUGCACAUAAAUAUAUCUGUUCUGUGUGAUGUGAACGAGAAAAUUAGAAUAAGGCUUUUAGUGUAGAUCAGCAUUGAGGAACACCUGUGAGUGUCACCUGUACACCUCAUUACUCUACACUGGGAUUAACAUUUUAAGUGAUCUUGGGAAAAAAGAAAACUUUUCAUAUUGUAGAGAAAAUAUUUCGAAGAAUUGAUUCAUCUCGCCUUGAAACAUCCGAACAGAAAUGUAGCCGGGAAAUUAUAAGUGUUUACAUUUGUUGUUGAUAGAAAUACUCGAACAUCCUGUAAAGAACAUGUCGCUUUCACGGUUGGAGAUGCUGGGGCUAGCGAUUUGCCUGGUGCUGUCUGUGACGUAUACAUCCGGGGAUACAAAUGACUACCUUGAACAUAACCACGGUUGGGGCCCCUGGGGUGAGUGGACCAGAUGUAACGCCCAGUGUGGAACUGGGUCCAUGACCAGAGAUCGGGCGUGUCUCCGUGAAAAUCACGCUUGCCAUGGAAGCCGUUUGCAGUUUAAAGUUUGUAAUACUCAGGCGUGUCAAGCAGGUCAGACGACUUUGAGGGAACAGCUCUGCUCCUCUCACGACGGGGAGGACAUCGGCCACGGACGUUACAGAUGGGCGCCUUACAUGAUCUUUGACGGAAGGUGCGAAUUGACAUGCCAUGCGCGAGGUCAAGGGUUCUAUACGACGUUUAAGGAUCCUAUCACUAAUGGAACCGUGUGCAAAAAGGACGGGUCAUCAGUUUGUGUGCAGGGCGUGUGUAAGCGCGUUGGGUGUGAUGGCGUUGCUGGGUCACACACGACAAACGACCGAUGUAGGGUGUGCGGGGGUGACGGAACCACGUGCCAGAUUUUUGUCGGGGUCAAGGAUGAUCCCACAUUGACUAAUGGCUACAGCUUUGUACAGACCGUUCCUAUCGGCUCAACCUACAUUAAUAUUACACAGCUGGCAAGGAGCAGAAACUAUAUAGCUUUAAAGGUCAAAGAUGGUCCUUAUUUCAUGAACGGUAAUAGGCGUCUGUCCCGUCAGGGGCCAAUUCUGGGGGCCGGGACCACAUUCCAUUACCACAGGAGACACACGCGCAAGUGCCCGGGGGAGUGUGUCCUUUCAGAUGGCCCGACGACUCAGGACGUAGACAUUAUGGUUUUAGCAUUUGGACAGAACAGCGGGAUAAUGUAUAGAUAUGCCGAGCCGGUCAUACAGACGGACCCCAUCCCUACACGGAACUCUUACGCCCUGGAGGACAUUACUCCCACCUUCACCGACCUGUUUGACCGAUUCGACGAUGAUGACAAUGAUACUGUUGUGACCGUUACUUCAAAAUCAGAUUUAAAUUCCAGCGGAUCAGGAACAAACGAAACUGAUUUGAAAGUAGAUGGUGCCGUCAUAGUGCAGGACGCAUUUCUAGGACCGGAACCGGAGGUGGCGUCAACUGUCACAUCCGACCAGGAAUCUAAUUCCGAAACGUCGGGUACAAAUGACGGAACACGGACACCGGGUUAUACACAGAGUUUCGAUUUUAUGGAUAAAAUGAAGGAACGCCAAAAUAAUGGGCAUCACAAUACUGGACAUCAAAACAAUGGACAUCAGAAUAAUGGGCAGCAAAACAAUGGACAUCAGAAUAAUGGGCAGCAAAACAAUGGACAACAAAAUAAUGGACAACAAAAUAAUGGACAAUACAACACAGGAUAUGCCAGUGGUGACGGUGAUUUUGUGAAUACACCCCUGGCCGAUACUGUUGGUACAAAUGAUAAUAUCAUUGUUGUAAAUCCGGAGGAGUCCGUGUACGUCUCCGGUUCGGGCGAAACAAUAUCCGGACGGUAUCAGUGGCGGACCGUUGGCUACACGGAGUGUAGUCGAUCCUGUGGGACAGGCUACCAGAGACCAGACAUUAUAUGUGCCGUCUUUGGUACGCCUGUCCGACGAUCCAAGUGUCGGAAUAUUCCGUUACCAAGUCGGGACGCCGUUCCAUGCAACGUUCAGAUGUGUCCGGACGAUCGCCCUGCAAGAUGGGAAGCUUCUGAUUGGUCAUCGUGUAGUGUUACGUGUGGAUCGGGGAGUCAAAGACGUCACGUCCGGUGUGUCAAGUAUGUCGACAUGAACACUGUCAUUGAGGUCAGCCCAGAGAACUGUGCAUACUCCGCUAAACCGGAUGCUAUCCAAAGUUGCAGGGAUGAGGAAUGCUAUCAGUGGAGCACUGGACAGUGGUCAAGGUGCUCCACUUCCUGUGGGUCAGGGAUGCGAACGAGACCAGUCAACUGUGUGACCAUGAGUGGCCGAGCGGUAGUGGAAAGCGCGUGCGGCCGUAGUUCAAGACCCGUGUCCUCGACAAGCUGUUCCGAGUCAGACUGUUAUAAUAAUAAUGUUCCAGUGGGAGACAGCUCCGACACAAACUGGUACUACACACAGUGGAGCUCAGAGUGUCCAGUAGAUUGUGGGGACGGCGCACAGAACCGGAAGAUCGCUUGUCUGAGGCGGGACGGUUAUGCCACCUCGGAACAAUCGUGUUCUGUCUCCAUGAAGCCUUCCGUCUCCAAAUCCUGCACGACCAGGGGCCAGUGUGGGGCCUACUGGUUUACUGGCCCAUGGAACAAGUGUAACGUCACCUGUGGAACCGGAAGUCAAACUCGGUCAGUUCUGUGCGUGCGCAAAAACACCAAUGGGAUGGCGAAUGUAAUUUCCGACUAUUAUUGUAAUUCAGAAGACAAGCCCGACACUACUACUUCCUGUCAGCUGACCCGGUGUAGACCAGAGUGGUUUAUAUCAGAAUGGGGACAGUGCUCUGUAACUUGCGGAAGGGGCGUACGCUCAAGAGAAGUCCGGUGUUUAGACGCAAACUACAGACUUGUAGGCGGAUGUGAUCCAACCCUUCAACCGGAAACAACGGAGCCUUGCAACACCGAUACGUGUAAUAUUCCUCCUCCUCAGGAACAGCAAGAAUGCAAGGAUAAAUACUCGCAUUGCAUCAUGGUUCUGAAGACGACGCUUUGUAAAUAUAAAUACUACAAAGAGCUGUGUUGUGAAUCGUGUCUUGAAGCUGGAUUUGUUUGAGGGCUAUGACGUCAGCAACACGUCACAUUUAUCACGGAUGCAAAAUAAAAAAUAUGGCGUGAUAAAAGAAAGGUGCAGAUCAUUGUCAAAGUUGAUAGUACAUUCGACACUAUUGUUGAGACGAACAGAUUGGGAUGUAUUAAUUAAGAACAGUGGAUAUUAAAGUAUGUUCUUCAGCCGGAACAAAUAAUCACCAUGAAUAUAACCCAAAUUAUGUCUCAUAAUACCUCAAAUUUUGUGAUGGACUUCGUCACAUUUUGUGCAUUGAAUACUUCUUAUAUUACCGUAUAUUGUGUUGAUAAAAAAAAAAAUAGGUCAGCAAUAGAUGCCAUGCGUACAGUACAUCGACCCACGCUCCCUUCUAAGCCAUGACGUUUUGUGCAACUGGCCGUAGUGACAUUCAUUAGCGGAUGUGAGUGUAAGACGUUUCAUCGAAAACUGGUGACGUAGAUGGCAAGAGCUGUUGACGUGUAGAGCAUGUAUCGGAUACGCCUGCAUAUGUACAGACACUUUGAAAGUGUUGUUAGUGCAAAUAUUUAUGAAUGUUUGAAACUGUACAGAAGUGAAAUUCAGAGAAGAUUCGGAAACUGAACAGUAAUAAGUUUUCAAAAUAUAUUUUUCAUUGAGGAGGUUUCCUUGAUAACAACCAAAUGUUGAAACAAUCGUGGAUAUUGGUUGUGACUAUGCAAGAAAGACUUUCUUGUGUUUCUGUGUAUAGAACCUGACAUUGUACAUACACAUUGUAUAUAGCCUUUGCCUUGGGUCUUGUCAGACUUGUAUAUGUUAUUCUGUAUCAGUGUUUUUGUUGCAACAACAGCUUAACAAUUUAACAGUACGGCUCAUAUAACUAACAACUGAACACAUAGCAACAUAGAUAAAUACAAAGCUAACCACAUAGCAACAUAGCUAACCACAUAGCUAACCACAUAGCAACAUAGCUAACCAAAUAGCAACAUAGCUAAAUACAUAGCAUAAUACAUAGCAUCAUAGCUAACCACAUAGCAACAUAGCUAACCACAUAGCAUCAUAGCUAACCACAUAGCAGCAUAGCUAAAUACAUAGCUAAAUACACAGCAUCAUAGCUAACCACAUAGCAUCAUAGCUAACCACAUAGCAACAUAGCUAACCACAUAACAACACAGCUACAUACAUAGCAACA